AUGGGCAAGCACCGUGUGAUGGUCCCUGUGGAUGAAAUUGAUUUGUCUGCUGUCAAGUACGAGCAAGAAGUAGUACAAGCUCCAAGUUUGUCUGGUAUAAGAUUGAAGCUGUUUACAAGGAUACUUGAAUCUCCAUUCUUUGGUUCUCUGAUAGUUUCUCACGUGAAGAAGCAGAACAAGAUGAUUGAGUUAUUGCAGAACACUGAGAUACCUGAAUUGCCCAUGUUUAAACCGGAGUUUCCUCUUCAAGAACCAGAACGUGGUGUAUACAUAGUGGAUGAAUUGGAAACGCCAGAAGAAAGGGUAGCAUCAGCAUUGAAGUGUCUUCCUGAUUACAAUCCUGCUCACUCCUUGGAUGAGAACCCAGGCACCUGUUUCAGAUACUGGACGAUUCGCGACUAUGCACAUGCUUAUCGUUCAAAGCUUGUGACCCCCUUAAUGGUGGCAGAGAAUAUCGUUUUGGCUUUAAAGGAUUUCGAGGGGAAGACUCCACCAUGUCCCCUGUUGGUUUCUUUUGAUGUUGAUGAUAUAAGGAAGCAAGCUGCAGCAUCCACUCAAAGAUUCAGUGAAGGAAAAGAAAUAUCGGUCUUGGAUGGAAUUUUUAUUGCAAUCAAAGAUGAUAUAGAUUGCCUUCCUUACCAAACUAAGGGUGCAACAACGUGGAUGCAUGAUGUUCGCCCCGUAAAAAGUGAUGCAGUUUCAGUUUCUAGACUGCGCAGCUGCGGUGUUAUAUUUGUAGGGAAGGCAAAUAUGCAUGAGUUGGGCAUGGGAACUACAGGAAACAAUCCAAAUUAUGGAACGACAAGGAACCCUCAUGACCCAGACAGAUACACUGGUGGAUCGUCGUCAGGGCCAGCAGCAAUUGUAGCUUCCGGACUGUGCUCUGCUGCCUUGGGGACUGAUGGUGGAGGUUCAAUCCGCAUUCCUUCUUCCCUUUGUGGUGUAGUUGGCAUGAAAACAACUUACGGACGCACGGAUAUGAAGGGUUCUCUGUGUGAAGCUGGUACUGUGGAGAUCAUUGGACCAAUUGCAUCUUCCUUGGAGGAUCUCAUGCUCGUGUAUGCAGCAAUUCUUGGUUCUUCACCGGUGGAUAGAUUUAGCCUGCACCCGUCUCCACCUUGUUUCCCGAAGUUAUCAGCAAAGAAGAGUACGGAUGUGGUCGGAUCAGUUCGACUUGGAAGAUACACACCGUGGUUUAAUGAUGUUAAGCAAACGGAGGUCUUGGACAAGUGCGGGGAUGCUCUUUCCCUUCUGUGUAAGACCCAUGGCUGUGAAAUGGUGGAGAUUUUGAUACCAGAGCUGCUGGAAAUGCGGACUGCUCACCUUGCUACCAUUGGAGCUGAUAUGCAUUCGAUAUUAAGUCCUCACAUCAGUAAUGGGAAAGGUGCCAAGUUGACAUGCGAGAGUCGCACUAGUGAUGCAUUGUUCCGAUCAUUCACUGGAUCUGAAUAUGUUAGUGCUCAACGCAUUAGGAGAAGAAUAAUGUACCAUCACUUGGAAAUUUUCAAGAAUGUUGAUGUCAUUGUUACUCCUACAACUGGAGCCACAGCACCUAUGAUUCCUCGCAGUGCUCUCAAGUGCGGAGAGAGUGACAUGAAGACUACAGGUUUUCUUAUGCGCUUUAUCAUCGCACCAAAUCUCAUUGGUCUUCCGGCUAUAUCUGUCCCUAUUGGUUACGACAAGCAAGGGCUUCCCAUUGGCUUGCAGCUAAUCGGCCGCCCAUGGGGAGAAGCCACAAUUCUCAGGCUAGCUUUUGCGAUCCAGGAACUAUCUGCGGCUUCCUUGAAGAAGCCAACGUCAUUUUAUGAUGUUCUCAAAGCAAACUAA